AUGUUUGGUGGUAAAGUUAAUCAGGAUAUACAGAUGAGUGAAGAAAUAGGAAAACAGGAUGGAGAAUAUGAAAAUAUCCAAUAUGAAGAUGUAGAGGAUGAGGAUAUUACAUACAUUAACGAUGAAGAUGAGUUAAAUUCCCAAAUUGAUCCUGAAACAUUGCUAGAAGAAGGUAAUAUAUUGAAAAAAUCUAGGGAAUUUGAUGUAGCCAUAGUUAAGCUUUAUUGGGCCUUGACUAACAAAAUAAAUAGGUUAGGAAUUAGCGAAGAUUGUGGUGUUGAUCCAAGACUAGCUGAAUACUAUCUUUCUUAUGCUGAUGUAUUAUUUGAAAAAGAGGAGAACUCUACAAAUUUUUUCCAAUCUAAGACAAUAAGUCAACAUUGCACUGAUUAUAUAGCUACAUUAUCACCUAAUCAUGGUGAGCAACUACAAAGUAGGGAAGUUUCUCUUUUACCAUCUUCAUCAUCAUCUUCAUCAUCAUCAGAUACUAAAGCUAUUGAAAUCCAAAAUAUACAGAGCAAUGAAACUACAGAUGAAGAAAUAGCCUGGGAAAAUUUUGAAGCAGCUAAACUUGCAUAUAUGAAGCGCAUUGAAUUACAUAAAAGAAGUGGCUAUGAGUCUUUUUGUAAUACUGGGAUAAUUCCUGAAUAUAUUACUGAUAUAUUCUCAUCUAUAAAUGAUGCAACCAGUCAAAGCUUCGAAUCUUUACUCGAGACUAUUUGUAAUCAUAGAAAAGAUGAAAACAUAAUAAUCAAAGAUGUAUUAUUUAAAGACAUUAGUGAUCUAUCAUUCACAUUUAUGAGACUUGGUGAUAUGCUUCAGUUAGCAGAGAAAUAUGAAGAGGCUAGAUUGGAAUAUAAAUAUGCAUUGUACGUUCUAGAAUCAUUUAAUGCUCCACUUGAUACACUUGAAUCACCAUUAAUAUGUUUAGCUCAAAGUACUUUAUUUUCUGGCAAGAUAAAAGAUUCCAAAAAAAUAUUUGAGAGGGCCCUAACACUUGUUAAACAGCAUCUUAAUGGUGAUAAUGGAAUGACCCCCCCAAGUAGAGAAAUUAUAGAUAUAUAUAAAGUAACAAUAGAAGACUUGCAGAUAACUUUAGAUGAUAUAAAUAAAAAGUUAGCUAUUGAUCCAAAUGAUCAGAAACCUAUUUCUGCUGUUCCAAAGUUGGAAAUGAUGGAGCAGGAAAAAACAUUCAGUAAACCACAGCUUUCCGAAAAUGAAAAUAUUAAGGUUGUAAAGGCAGAUAUAUCGAAUUAUCAGGAAGAAAUCUAUCCAAAUUUUGGUGAUAACCAAAAAAAAAGAAGGAUAGAUCUAACUAAAAUAUAA